GUAGUGUUUAGGAUUGUUUUUGGGUCAGGUAUAUGAAUCAAUGUUAUUUAUUUUCCAUAUAAAUAGGACGUGAAAUUAUAACCACCUCUAAUUCGAUCAUAUAUACGGACUAUACCUCCAAAGGCCGAAUGCAGGAUGGCUGCAUGCACUAUGUUGUUUUAAAACGGUAUAGUACAUGCAGUAGCCAGGUAAAUUGUAUACUUGAAUAUCUUGGACUUGGUUGCUGUUCAGAUUGAUCUCAUAUUAUCACUGAAGAGUUGUCACUGAAUAUUCAUGAACAAGCUAUAGCGACCAUGCAGUUGAGUGCCGUCGAUUCGUUGUCACGACCACACUUUGUAGGAUGUUCAACUAGUGCAUGGUAUUUUAUAUUAUCUUUUAGUAGGCCUAUAUAAUGAUUUUUGUUGUUAAAUGACAUAUGCAUGUUAAGAUGGAUUAUAAACAGGCAAGGAAGUUUCUGUCAAUUUGUUUAGAUACAGUGCUGAAGCUAUAUCUGCAUAACAAUAUAUCUAGGACUAUCUGUUGUUCAAUUUUUUAUGUUGUGUAUAGUGAAAUAUUUUCCACCGUAUAUAUCGAGUAUAUAUACAAACUCAGGUUUUAUAGUCUAAGAUGUGGCUGCAGCAAAAGUUCCUGUUAUGAAAAGAAACUUGCAACACAUAUAUUUCAGAUUUUUCCUCUUUGUCAGGGUACUCUGACCAUGUCAUUUGCAUGGGAUUACGUUUGGACUUUAUCAAUGUGCAUGUUAAUGUGGCUAGUGUAAGCUAGUGUAUUAAUUAUUAUAUUAAUAUGGCUGUAUUUAUAACCUAGCCUCCUCCGCAGGCAUCUCGUGGUACUUACGUAGUUUUCUCCCUGCACAGUAACCCAAUAAGAACAACUAAAUUAUAUAAGUUCUCGACGAUUAAGAGAUGCCUGUGGAGGAGGCUAUUCGUGAUAUCUUUUCGUGUAGAAGCUUCUUUUACCUACAUGCAAUCGUGAACAAAAUAAUAAAAUAGGAAAUAUAUAUAUCCAACUAUAUACUUCAUUACUAUUAGCUCUCCCCAACAACAUUCUUUUGAUUAAUUGAGGAAGGGGGAUAUUUUUUAUAAGAUCAGGAAUCAAACUGCAAUCACUCGACAAAUUAAAUUUUUAUUAAAAAGGUAUGUCCACGAUUGUAGGUAGUAUAACCAACUGCAUGCUUUGUGUGAAAUUUGGAAGAUGUAAAAUGUUUGGUUCAAUCACAAUCAUAAUUUGGGCAGCAAAAAUUAGUUCAAAAAUUGCCAGUUCAAUCAAUUUCAUGGUUGAAUAUACACAUAAAAUUUCACUGCAUGUGUUGGUUUGUUAAAUCAAUAAUAUUCCCAUUUAACUCCGCAUUAUUUGAAAGAAAUGUGCAUGCACGUCACUAAAAUAACUGAAUGUCUCGUAGUAAAUAAAUUAUACUAUACAUGCAUGGCAUGGCUGUUUCACACAAGAUAAUAUAGGAUAAUCCCUCACGCUGUUAACUAUAAAGUAAAUUUUGUCUAAAGUAGCUAGAUGGUAACCUGACUGAUAAACUCUAAACAUUGAACGUGUUGCUGAACAAAAUAUACUGCCUUGUCUGUGUCUGCAUAGGAAACCACUUCACGUUUACUUGCCACUUGAAAUUUUAAUGAAGUUUAAAUUUCGAAAACUGGCAACCAUGCAUAUUUUAGUUCAAAACGCUGAUGUGUUUACGAAAUAUCAAUAUUAUUUUUAAUUUUUUUUUGACUUUAUGGCAGCUUAAACUUUGAGAUUUCAUAAAUUUUAUGUCAUUGUCUAUGCAGUCGCUUCUGUCUUCAACCCAGUGCAAAUUCGUUACAGAACACCAAUACAAUCUAUAGUCCUAUAUAUAGAGCUUGGACAAUUACCAUCGGUGGUAAUGAGCUAUACGUUUCCAAUUUCACUUUCAUCUUAAAGCUAAAUUUAAAUCCAGGCUGUAGAAUAGAAACGUUGUCAAUAUCGCACUGAUGAUAGUAUAUACUAUAUAUAGGUAUGUCGUAUGCAUAUGUAAUAGCAUGGGUAUAUACUGCAAUUUAUGUAGCAUACAGUAAUGUUUAUAGCGACGACCGUUCAAUUGUGGAAUGCUAUUGCCCAAUGAAAAAGCAGGGCCCCCGCUGUUUUACUGGCAGUAUAUAUGCAGUAGCUAUACCUGCAUGAGUAAAUAAUACUUGAAUUGCGGAGCUACCUUGCUCUGUAGAUCUCAGAUUCUCGAAUUAUUAGCGCUAUAGAGUUACUUGUAACUUUUCCGUCUGAACGACAGGAAAGUUAGACGAGUUUCUUGUCUUAGACGGAAAACUUGUCUUAGACGGAAAACUCGUCUUAAAUUUAUUUCCCACGAAUAAAUCAAGAUGGGUUUCGGCUUGUAACGCUGAAAAGAGACUGGGAUGGAGGGUCUCCUAUUUUUUCGUGAGUUAUCCAUCCGAUGGUUUUCGUUUCAUACGAGGUUUCAUAUUCGUACCUGACGGAAAUACAUCACACGAGUUUCCCGUCUUAGACGGAAAUACGUCUUCUAUUCAGCUAUUGAUGUCUUCACAGAUACGGCGGAAGUCAGUUCUGCUUAUCCUUUAGUUCGCUGCUGAAACGAAAUCUGCAUAACAAACGCCAUAGUUAUUUUUACCCAAAGGUAGACAGAUAUUAUUUCAUAACAGGUCUGCUUAUCAUUAUUUUUGACAGAUAGCAUAAAAGGAGCAGGAUUCUCACUCUUUGCAUAAUUCGUCUCCAACCAUGGCUUGGUUAACUUGGACGCUGUUCUCUGUGUUUUUGGUAUUUGGAACCAGCAAGAAAAGUUCAAACUAUGUUGGUCUUACUGUGAGUACUCUUUCAGAUCUGCACUAUUUUACUGUGUUCGAAUUAUUUCUAAAUGAUAGUAAAUUUUGGCAAAAAUUGAAAAUCAAAGGCACAAGGCAGGUGUUUUAGCCGCCAAGGUGCCAAACUAUCAGAGCUUGGAGACUAUAAUCGACAAACGUUUUUUUCAAGUUACUUUAUGUAAUUAUGAACUCGUUAAUUAAAGUUGUCCGUUAUACUGCUAUCAUGGAAAUGGCAUUUAAGUAAUUUAUAUAUUUUGAUAGAUUAAAAAGAUAAAUUAAAAAAUAGUGGCAUAAUUCCUUUAUAUGGAGUACCAUGCAAUUUCAGCUGGUUAUUUAUUACUGGUUAUACAUAUAAAAGUGGCUUCAAUAUAUAUGUUUAGUAAAAUGCAUCGGUUUAAAUCAACGAGCUUCAAUAUGAAUGCAUUACACUGUAUAUUACUGCUUUUGGCUCAGUGGAUUAACACGUACUAUAGUGGGACAGUAGCCCUGUUAUUAUAUGUAUUGUAUAUGGAGCGGAACAUAUAGAUAUGCCUUUACAGAUAGAUAUUCACAUUUUACGUGGUAGAUAUUCUUACUCAUAUAGCGGAGUAUAUUCACAUGUAGGAGCCUCUAAAUAUGUUGCCUCAUUUUACUUCUAGCUAAUGCAUGCUGUCUAUAUAUGAGCAUGGCAAACUGAAAGAAGCAUGCAGGCAUUGACUAUAUAUUUAAUCGUGCAUGGAGCCUUAAUUUUAUCCUAUAAGUAUUUCACUUUAUUUAUUUUUAUGUAUUAUGUAGCUGGAUAAGAAAAACCCAAUAGAUCCGGGACAAUGCGAUACAUCAAAUCACGGCGAAAUAAAACUUGUUCAAGACAGACUUGGUGCAGAUAGAGUGCUCAUGUGUACAAAAGAAAACCCAACAUUUUUAUGGAAAACCAUUGAUGGUAAGUCAUAUACUCAUAUAUACACUAAUAGUAUUACAAUCAUGCAUUCUUGAUCUUCGUGAAUGCAUCGUGAAACCUCGACAAUCAUCGCGAAUCCUCCAUUAAGCCACCGGGAAAGUCUUGUUUAUUUCAAGAAAGCUUGAAAUUUAUUUCAAGAGGGUAUUACAAUAGAAGGCUUAGUAGGAAGAAAGGCAUAUUGGACAGGGGUCUAGUUUAGUGAGGGGGCUUAAUAGGGAGAAAGCCUCGCCGAUAUAGUUCAAAUGUUCUAAUUAUUAAUUAAGUCACACAGUAAACUAAUGUGAAUAGGUAUAGGCCAUUCGCUUGUUCAUCUACCGGUUAUAAACCCAUGAUAAGGUGAGAAAUUUCCAUCGACGUCGGGCGAAUUUUACGCCUAUUCAUGCAGGACAAUAGAUUAAAUGUAAUCAGCACAUAUUGCAUGCUUGUUGCGAAGGAGUUAAUUUGAGAGGCGAGAUUGAGCUUAUGUAUACUCGAGAUGGAAGCUAAUAGAGGAUUUACAGUAUUACACAGUUUUCUAGUGUACAAAGUGCUCUGUUGUCACAAGCAUGUUAACUAAAAAAUGUUUUGUUUUAGGGACUUCGACUGUCGGUGAAUAUUUCGAUCCUGCAAUUGACUGCUCAGACGUUGUCGAUAGAGUUCCUGAUGCCGCUGAUGGAUUUUACUGGAUCAGUUCAAAAGCUAUACAAAAUGUGUCUAAGGUUUGUUGAACUUGUAACUACG